CCGCGCUUGGUGUUGAGCGUGCCAUGGACGUUCCUGCGUGUGUUUGUGCCACUUUGCUCGAGCAAAGCGGGCGCCCCUGACGCGCGAUGUUUGUCAAGUGAGUUGUCCGCCGUGUGAAAGUUAUUUUUGUUUCUUCCGUUCACUGUAGCGUGUGUGCGUGCGUGUGUUUAUGUGCGGCGUCCGUGCCUUGGGCCGUUCCCUCGGUUUGUGGUGUGAAGCGGAGGACUGACUGAGCGUUCGACAUGGCCAGAUCACUUCAAGUCACUACUCAGCGGAUCGCCGAGAAGCUGACCAUCCUCAACGACCGAGGCGUUGGAAUGCUCACGCGGAUAUACAACAUCAAAAAGGCUUGUGGUGACGCCAAGUCGAAGCCGUCGUUCCUCUCCGACAAAAACCUCGAAUCGGCCAUCAAGCAUGUUGUGCGGCGCUUCCCCAACAUUGACAUCAGGGGCAACAGUGCCCAGCUGUCAACAGUGUUCAACAUCCGCCAGGACAUCAUGAAGUCACUGUCACUCUAUUACUACACAUUCGUCGACCUCCUCGACUUCAGGGAUCAUGUCAAUGAGCUGCUCACCACGAUAGACUCCUUCCAGCUUCAUCUGGACAUCACACUCAACUUCGACGUAACCAAAGCGUACCUGGACCUUGUGGCGGCAUACGUGACGUUGAUGAUCCUCCUGUCCCGCGUGGAAGACCGGAAGGCGGUGCUGGGCCUCUUCAACACGGCCCAUGAGAUGACUCACGGCCACAGCGACAACAGCUUUCCCCGCCUGGGCCAGCUCAUCGUCGAAUACGACCCGCCUCUCAAGAAGCUCGCCGACGAGUUUGUGCCACAUUCCAAGACCCUUUUCCAGGCCCUUCUGUCACUGCAACAGGUGUUUCCACGGCGUAACCUCACAGCCGAUGAGUGGCGCAAGAGCCAAAUGCUCAGCCUCCUGGUGACACCCGCACAGAUGCUCACGCCCGCACAGACAGAAACGAUGCCCUGUGAAUACCUCUCCUUGGAGACCAUGGAGCGCUGGAUUAUAUUGGGGUUCCUGCUGCUUCACCCGUACCUGCAGCAGCCCCCCGCCCAGGCGCUGUUCCUCCAGGCCCUGUCCAACGGCUGGGCCCUCACGCUGUUUCGCGACGAGCUGCUGGCCGUGCACCCGUACGCGCAGCAGUUCUUCGAGGGCCUCAAGGGCCACGGCAAGCGCGCCUCCGAGGUCAAGGAGGCCCUCGGCCAGGCCGUGCAGUCGGCGCCCCUCGUCCACCGCGAGCGGCGCAAGUUCCUCCGCUCGGCCCUCAAGGAGCUCGCCCUCGUGCUGGCCGAACAGCCCGGUCUGCUGGGACCAAAGGCAUUAUAUGUACUGAUGGGGCUCUCUUUGGCACGUGACGAAGUGUGCUGGCUCGUCCGGCACAAUGAACUGGGACCGCCAUCUCGUGCUCCGGGGCGGUCGCGGAGCCUCCAAGGUGAAGACCUGCUUGAUCGGCAACUCCCAGAGCUUCUCUUCCACAUGGAGGAACUCCGCGGACUCUUCCGCAAGUACAGCCAGGUAGUGCAGCUGUACUACGUGCAGUACCUGAAUGGAUUUGAUGCCCCAGCACUCGAGGCGGCACUGCAGGGCAUUCCAGGCAUUCCAGAAGAAGACGCAGCAUUGUUAUCAGCAGCCUGCUCACAAGCGCGAGCCCUGACGGCUCCCAUCAACACCGACAGCCCUCCGCCGGACUUGCGCGGCCUGCGGCUCGACUGGUGCCGUCUUCAGCUGCACGCGUGCGCGCAACGCCACGCGUGGAGCCUGCGCGAGAGGCCGCACCUGGCCUCGCUCAUGAACACGCUUGUGUUCCACACCAAGAUGGUGGACUACCUCGACCGGAUCCUCGUCGAGACCUCCGACCUCUCUAUAUUCUGUUUCUUCAGCCGAGCCUUUGAGGACCAGUUCCACCUGUGCUUGGAGUUCCCAGCGCAGACGCGCUACAUCAUUGCCUUCCCUCUGAUCUGCGGCCAUUUCAUGAAUUGUACUCAUGAGCUUUGCCCCGAGGAGCGUCACCACAUUGGCGACCGAAGCCUGACGCUGGUGAACGCGUUCCUGGACGAGAUGUCCAAGGAGGCCAAGAACAUCAUCACCACCAUCUGCGACGAGCAGUGCACCCUGAGCGACCGUCUGCUGCCCAAGCACUCGGCGCCCCACAUGGCUCUGCUGGCCAUGCACCAGCGCAAGCAGCGCACCGACAAGAAGCACCGGCAGGGUGCGGGCGGUGCACAGCCCAACGCGCCGCGCGACAAGCCUGGCGCCGAGAGCUACCGCCGCACCCGCGAGGAGCUUAGCACUAUGGACAAGCUACAUAUGGCACUGACGGAACUGUGCUUCGCCAUCAACUACGCCUCAAGCAUCCACGUGUGGGACCACACGUUUGCGCCCAGGGAGUACCUGGCGCAACACCUUGAGAACCGUUUCAACAAGGCGCUGGUGGGGAUGGUGAUGUACAACCCAGAGAGCCACGAGAUAGCCAAGCCGUCCGAGCUGCUUUCCAGUGUGCAGGCCUACAUGAGCGUACUGCAGGGCAUCGAGAACCAUGUGCAUGUAGACGUGACCCGGGUGUUCAACAACGUCCUGCUGCAGCAGACACAACCACAAGACAGCCAUGGUGACAAGACCAUCGCUACCCUCUACACCAACUGGUACCUGGAGGUUCUUCUGCGUAAGGUGACGGCUGGCCACAUGUGCUACUCUCCGUUACAUCGGGCUUUCGUCAACCUUGUGCAUGACGGACAGCAGGUUCCCUUCACCGCAGAGGAGUUCUCCGACGUCCAGGAGUUGCGCUCGCUGGCCGAGCUGAUCGGGCCUUAUGGCAUGAAGUUCCUCAACGAAAGUCUCAUGUGGCACAUUGCCAGUCAGGUCGCAGAGCUAAAGAAAAUUGUGCUCCAGAAUCGGGAGAUUCUCAUCGAGCUCCGUUCCAACUACGACAAGCCUGAACAGAUGCGAGAGCUUUUCAAGAAGCUACAAAGACCCCGGAUGGCCCAGCAUGUGGACAGUGUUCUUCAGCGGAUGACGAUCGUCGGAGUCAUUCUCUGCUUCCGGAUGCUAGCUCAGGAGGCCCUGAAUGAUGUCCUGUCGGUGCGGAUACCGUUCCUGCUCAGCUCGGUGGCAGACUUGAAGCACCAUGUCUCGAAUGGAGAAACCUUGGUUGUGAGUGAGAUGGCGUCUGCGGCUGGACUUCCGUGCAAGGUUGACCCUGCAUUGGUGGCAGCCCUGAGGUCACAGAAAAAUGACUUGGGUGAUGACGAGUACCAGGUGGCCUGUCUGCUCAUGGUCUUUGUGGCCGUCUCACUGCCAAAGCUCGCCCGCACUGAAGGUUCUGUCUACAAGCCUUCCCUGGAAGCUCACACCAACAACAUGCACUGCCUGGCCCACGCGGUCAACGCUCUCGCGGGUUCCCUAUUCACCAUCUGCGGCCACGACGACAUCGAGGACCGGCUCAAGGAGUUCCUGGCCCUGGCAUCGUCCAGCCUCUUGCGGCUCGGCCAGGAAGCCGACCGAGAAGCCGGUGCCGGUCGUGAAGCCGUCUUCCUACUCCUCCACCUGCUGGUGGACGAAUCGCCAUUCCUCACCAUGGACCUGCUCGAAUCCUGUUUCCCAUAUGCCCUACUCCGCAAUGCCGCACACGCUGUAUACAAGGCAGAGGCCUGAUCGGUGUGCACGAAUAAAGUGUGAACAAACUCCU